UUUCCACACCGAUUCCUCGUGUCACGAAAAUUCAAUUUCACCGUAGAAUGUAAUAUAAUAUAUUCUACGACUUCACAGAACUAAUUAUACUGUAAACUUGAUGCGGUAGAAUACGACCCAACAAGAAAUAGAAUGAAUUAAAAUAAUAAUUCGGUGUUUGAACUAGAUUAUUAUAAUUGUUAUGAAAUGUCUCGGCACCUACUCGGUUAACAAGUUCAGUGGCGGCUUGAAGGGCGGGGGGAUUUUAAAAAGGCGGUUUGAUAUAUUUCAGUUGACGGUUCAAGAAUAAUAUGAGAUCGUGAACAGGAUGCGAUGUAUUUAAGAUUUAUCAUUAUAUUAUUACACACACAGGCGUAGGAAUAGAAUUCCAAAUGGAAAACAAGCGAACGUGUGAAAAACUUGCAAUAACUGCGCUGCGAGAAAGUUAUUAGGUUCCGAGUCCCCGUGUGCAUAAUGGUUCAAGCGUGGUUCAUGAUGGAAGGCUGGAGCGGUGACCAACGAGAAGAACACCACAAGCAGCCACCCGAAUACGUUGAUUUGGAUACAUUGUAUAAGCUCUCUUUAGUGGAAUAUUUUAAGGUCAAUGAAUUAGAUCCUUUAAAUGAUAAAAUAUUAACCUCUAUUAAAAAUGAACGUGGUUACACUUAUGAAGAUGAGAUAACUGUUUGUAAAGAACGUCUAUUGAAUUACGAAAGUAAAUUAAAGUCAUUCUUUGAGGAACAUUUACAUACGGAUGAAGAGAUUAGAUUAGUGUUGGAAGGCUCAGGCUAUUUUGAUGUUAGAGAUAUUAAUGAUAAGUGGAUCCGUAUUAAAGUUGUACCAGGAGAUUUAUUAAUAAUUCCGAAAGGCAUUUACCAUCGUUUCACUUUGGAUACCAAUAACUUCAUUAGAGCUAAGAGAUUUUUUGUUGGUGAACCUAUUUGGACUCCAUAUAAUAGACCAGCAGAUAAUAUGGAUUGUAGAAAAGAAUACUUAAGUCUAAUAACAUCUUGUUAAUAUUUUUUUAUAAUUAUAUCCAAUACAUUUAGAUAUAAAUUUUGAAUA